GGUGCUGCUGGGUGGGAAGCAGUACCCGCAGAACUGUGUGUAGCCCUCUUUCGGCUGAGCAGACACCCUUAGCAGCCGAGGCGCAUCCAGCACAGGUGAUGCAGGCCUGGCCAUAAGCCCUCUCCUCACCCCCCGGCCGAAGGUGACGCCCACUCACACCGCCGGUCCCCUCACCGACGCGCAGAAGCACUCGGGACACGGACUGUGAAGAUGCUGGUCAGCUACUCCACCUGCCUGUUCUCGGGGGUUUGCGCCGCCCUGGUGGCUGUGGCUUUGGCCUAUUACUUGUACUGGACAGCUGUUCUCAGUGAAGGACCCUGCACUCGCUACUGAGUAGCGACCAUGGGCCUGCUCGCCUACCUGAAGACCCAGUUCGUGGUGCACCUCCUCAUCGGGUUCGUCUUUGUGGUGAGCGGGCUGGUCAUCAACUUCAUCCAGCUAUGCACACUCGUCCUCUGGCCCGUGAACAAGCAGCUUUACCGCAGGCUGAACUGCCGCCUCGCCUACUCGCUCUGGAGCCAGCUGGUCAUGCUGCUGGAGUGGUGGUCCUGCACGGAGUGCACGCUGUUCACCGACCAGGCCACAAUGGACCGCUUGGGGAAGGAGCACGUGGUCAUCAUCCUCAAUCACAACUUCGAGAUCGACUUCCUCUGCGGGUGGACCAUGUGUGAGCGGUUCGGCGUGCUGGGGAGCUCCAAAGUCCUGGCCAAGAGGGAGCUGCUGUUCGUGCCCCUCAUCGGCUGGACGUGGUACUUCCUGGAGAUUGUGUUCUGCAAGAGGAAGUGGGAGGAGGACCGGGACACCGUCAUCGAAGGGCUGAAGCGCUUGGCCGACUAUCCCGAGUACAUGUGGUUUCUCCUGUACUGCGAGGGCACGCGCUUCACGGAGAAGAAGCACCGCGUCAGCAUGGAGGUGGCCGCCUCCAAGGGGCUGCCCGCCCUCAAGUACCACCUGCUGCCUCGCACCAAGGGCUUCACCACCGCGGUCCAGUGCCUGCGCGGGACAGUCGCAGCCGUCUACGACGUCACUCUGAACUUCCGGAGAAACAAGAACCCGUCCCUGCUGGGGAUCCUCUACGGGAAGAAAUACGAGGCGGACAUGUGUGUGAGGAGGUUUCCUCUGGAGGAGAUCCCGCUGGACGAGAAGGAAGCGGCUCAGUGGCUGCACAAACUGUACCAGGAGAAGGAUGCCCUGCAGGAGGCGUACAACCAGAAGGGCGUGUUUCCGGGGGAGCAGUUCAAGCCAGCCCGACGGCCGUGGACGCUGCUGAACUUCCUCUUCUGGGCCACGGUUCUCCUGUCCCCUCUGUUCAGCUUCGUCUUGGGCGUCUUUGCCAGCGGCUCUCCCCUCCUGAUCCUGACGUUCCUGGGCUUCGUUGGGGCAGCUUCCUUUGGAGUCCGCCGACUAAUAGGAGUAACUGAAAUAGAGAAAGGCUCCAGCUACGGAAACCAAGAAUUUAAGAAAAAGGAGUAAUUAAUGGCUGUGAUUGAACACACGUAACCUGACGGUGGUAUCCGAUUAACUCAAUUAAAAACAGAACAACACGUACGGAGAGGAAAAAAAGACACUUAGAAACUAUUUUUCUUAUUAACUGGUGACUAAUAUUAACCAAUAAACUUGAGCCAAGAGUAAAGAGA